UUGAAAGGGGGACAGAACUAAGUAAAUCUUGCAGACCAGUUCCUUUUUUGUUAUCCACAACUUUUUCUCGUAGCUGACUGCUUUGUUUCUUUUGUAGGCCUUAUUACUUAAGAAUGGAAGAAGAUACAGAUUAUAGAAACAGGUUUAGUUCCUUGUGUUUCAUUAAUGAUCAUGUUGGAUUUCAGGGUACUAUAAAAAGCUCAGCAAAUGACUUUAUUGUUAUUGAGAUUAAUGAACAGGGUCAGUUAGUUAAUAGGGCUAUUGAUGAACCUGUGUAUGAGAUUAGUAAAGUACUACCUGAGCCAAAUAAUUUUGCCAAAAAGCCCAAACUAGAUCUUCAUAAUUUAUCUUCUGAAGAUGGAAGUAAUCAAGAAGUUAAUACUUUGACUAGGUGCUACAAUGGUGACCAACAUCAUCAGUCUGAUUCAGAAAAAGAAGGCCCUAUCAAUGACAGGACUUCCAAUUGUGAAGAAGAAAAAAGUGAUUUAUUAAGCUCUUUUUUAGAUGAAAAAACAAAUGAAUUACUGAAUCGAUUUGCCUGUGAUAUAAAAGAGAAGUGGAAAUCAAAAAAUGAGCUAAUUGAGCCAUCUCCUGAACUCUCAUUAGGCAAAAUCCUUGACAAAAACCAAAGGGCUAUUUUACAUAGUGCUAUUAGGCAGAAAUUUCCUUUUUUGAUAACUGUGGGAAAAAACAGUGAAAUUGUUGUAAAACCAAAUCUCGAGUUUAAAGAACUAUGUCAUUUGGUAUCUGAAGAAGAAGCAUUUGACUUUUUUAAAUAUUUGGAUGCAAAGAAAGAAAAUUCAAAAUUUGCAUUUAAACCUGAUACAAAUAAAGACCACAGGAAAGCUGUCCAUCAUUUUGUCAACAAGAAGUUUGGAAACCUGGUGGAAACCAAAUCUUUUCCUGAACAGAAUCACAAUGCUGGUAAUCCAAACAUAGUGGUAACAGUAAGAUUUCGGGAGAAAGCACACAAGCGUGGAAAAAGGCCCCUUCCUGAAUGCCAGGAAAGAAAAGUUGUAUAUACAGCUUUUACCCUACGAAAGGAAAACCUGGAGAUGUCUGAAGCAGUUGGGUGUUUAGCUAUCAAACUUGGUGUUAUUCCUUCGGAUUUUAGCUAUGCAGGUCUUAAAGACAAGAAAGCCAUCACCUAUCAAGCAAUGGUUGUUAGAAAAGUGACUCCAGAGAGGUUGAAAAACAUUGAAAAAGAAAUUGAAAAGAAAAGAAUGAAUGUGUUUAAUAUUCGACCUGUGGGUGAUUCUCUUAGGCUUGGUCAACUCAAGGGAAAUCACUUUGAUAUUGUCAUCAGAAAUUUAAAGAAUCAAAUAAAUGACUUUGCAAACCUGAGAGAGAGAAUUUCGGAGGCUAUAGAAAAUGUUCAGAAUAAAGGUUUUGUGAAUUACUAUGGACCACAGAGAUUUGGGAAGGGAAGGAAAGUUCAUACAGACCAAAUUGGAUUAGCUUUGCUGAAGAGUGAAAUGGUGAAGGCCAUAAAAUUAUUUCUUACACCAGAAGACUUGGAUGAUCCUGUAAAUAGAGCAAAGAAAUAUUUUCUUCAGACUGAGGAUGCUAAAGGCACACUUUCAUUGAUGCCUGAGUUCAAAGUGCGAGAGAGAGCACUGUUGGAGGCGCUACAUCGCUUUGGCAUGACAGAGGAGGGCUGUAUCCAGGCCUGGUUCUCUUUUCCCCACUCUAUGCGCAUAUUCUACAUUCAUGCAUAUAGCAGCAAAAUUUGGAAUGAGGCAGUGUCUUACAGACUUGCAACCUAUGGAUUCAGAGUAGUGGAGGGGGAUUUGGUCUGUUCGGAGGAAGAUGUUGAUGAGCAUUUUCCAAGUACUAAAGUACAUCUGGUCACUGAAGAAGAGGAAUCAGCUAAUACAUAUGCAAUACACCAGGUGGUUCUACCAGUAUUUGGAUACAAUAUUCAGUACCCGAAAAACAAAGUAGGACAAUGGUACCAUGAAAUAUUUAGCAGAGAUGGGCUAGAGACAUGUAGGUUUAAAGUACCUGCUCUGAAACUGAAUGUACCAGGAUGCUACAGACCAAUUCUAAAAUAUCCCCACAAUCUCUCAUACCAGCUGAUGGGUGAUCGGGACACUAAUGUGGAAAUGGAAGGUUCUCACACCCAUCAAACAACUUUAUCUCUUUUGAUCUCCUUUGAUCUUGAUGCUUCAUGUUAUGCUACCAUUUGUCUACGAGAAAUAAUGAAGCAUGAUGUUUAAAACUGAUACUCUUGAUACAACCACAUAUAUAGCACUCCUUGAAGGAAGGCAGCUAAAAUUUCUUGAGCAUCUACAAUGAGUUUCAUAAUUCUUGUCUUUUUAAUUUCCACAGCAUCUUGAUAAGUUGGAAUUUGAUGUUUUAAAAUUCCAGGGGACAUAACAAGUAAGGGUCUGAAUUUAAGAUCUG